AUGGCUACAGCUUCAGUUGCUUUUAAGUCUAGGGAAGAUCAUAGGAAGCAAAUAGAAUUAGAGGAAGCUCGUAAAGCCGGGCUUGCUCCCGCUGAGGUAGACGAGGAUGGAAAAGAAAUCAACCCUCACAUUCCUCAGUAUAUGUCAUCUGCUCCAUGGUAUCUCAAGUCUGAAAAACCCAGUUUGAAGCAUCAAAAGAAUUGGAAAGUUGAUUCCGUCGGUAACAAAAAGAUAUGGUAUGAUAGAGGUGCAAAGAUCCACCAAGCAGAGAAAUACCGUAAGGGAGCGUGUCAAAACUGUGGUGCAAUGACGCACGAUGUAAAAGCAUGUAUGGAUAGACCUCGUAAGAUUGGAGCAAAAUACACAAACAUGCACAUUGCACCUGAUGAGAAGAUCGAGAGCUUUGAAUUGGACUACGAUGGGAAGAGGGACCGGUGGAAUGGUUAUGAUCCUUCAUCUUACCGUCAUGUGGUGGCUAGUUAUGAAGCAAAAGAUGAGGCACGAAAGAAGUACCUCAAGGAGCAGAAACUUAAGAAACUAGAGGAAAAGAUUAAUAAAAACGGUUGUGAUGGUGAUGCAACCAGUGAUGGGGAGGAAGAAGAUGACGAGUUAAGAGUCGAUGAAGCCAAGGUUGAUGAGAGCAAGCAGACGGAUUUCGCAAAGGUUGAGAAACGUGUUCGUACAACUGGUGGUGGUAGCACAGGAACUGUUAGGAAUCUGCGUAUCAGAGAAGACCCUGCAAAAUACCUACUCAACCUUGAUCUCAACUCAGCUCAUUAUGACCCUAAGACUCGAUCUAUGCGUGAAGAUCCACUUCCAGAUGCUGAUCCAAAUGAUAAGUUCUAUCUGGGAGAUAAUCACUAUAGAAACAGUGGCCAAGCUCUAGAUUUCAAACAGCUAAACGUUCAUUCAUGGGAAGCAUUUGACAAGGGACAGGACAUGAAUAUGCAAGCGGCUCCAUCCCAAGCUGAAUUGCUCUACAGGAACUUUAAGGCUGGAAAGGACAAACUCAAGUCUCAGACAAAGCAAACAAUCAUGGAAAAGUAUGGGGAUGCAGCUACAAGAGAUGAAAUUCCUAUGGAGCUUUUGCUUGGCCAAACCGAAAAACAAGUUGAGUAUGACAGAGCAGGGAGGGUUAUAAAGGGACAAGAGGUGGUAGUAAUUCCGAAAAGUAAAUAUGAAGAAGAUGUUCUAACUAACAAUCACACAAGUGUUUGGGGUUCUUGGUGGAAAGAUCACCAAUGGGGAUACAAGUGUUGCCAGCAAACCAUUCGCAACAGCUACUGCACAGGUUCUGCUGGAAUCGAAGCUGCAGAAGCGUCCCUUGAUCUGAUGAAGGCUAACAUUGCUCGCAAAGAAGCUUCUGAAGAGAGCCCAAAGAAGGUUGAAGAAAAAAGAAUGGCCUCAUGGGGAACCGAUACUCCUGAAGAUUUGGAAUUAAACGAGGAGGCACUAGCUAAUGCUCUUAGAAAGGAGGAUUUGAGUAGGAAGGAAGAAAAAAACGAGAGGAAACGCAAAUACAAUGUGGAAUACACCAACGAUGUGACUCCAGAAGAGAUGGAAGCUUACAGGAUGAAGAGAGUUCACCACGAUGAUCCAAUGAAAGAUUUCCUCGGCUGA